AUGAAGGUCCUCGAGUCGCAAAACGCGCUUCUCUCCAACUACGAGGUCUACCAGCAUAUCCUCGACCAGCGCCAGCGGAACAAGGCCCAAAACCGACGCGUUCCGGCUAAUGCGCACCAGAUCAUGACCGAGGUCAUGACCUAUCUGACCACGAAGCCCAGCCCGCUAGAGAAACAGCAAGAGACCCGGGCAUACAGCGCGGCGGCCAUCAACCGCCUGUUUGAGAAGCUCCGCGAGGCCAACCUGCCGAGCGAGUUGACCAAGAGCGAGCUGCUUUCGAUCCUCAACCAACGCCCGUCAUCGACUGCACUGUUGAGCACCGCCAUUGAGGACAUGGAGGAGCGGUUCAGCGAUGAGGACCAAAACAGGAUAGUCGACAUCAUCGCCGAGGUGCUUGGCCGGGACGAGCCCGAGGAGGCGGCGGACGAGGCGGCGGAUGAGGAGGGCGGAGGAGACGAGAUGGAUGCCGACGUCGCGCCCACGGUCGAGAACGGCUGCUAA